AUGUUGGAUGGUCGGCAGCCAGGCUCACUCAUUGAAAAUUCGUUCGCGGAAAGAUUAACCACCCUUAUGGCCCGUCCCGGCCAGGACAAUGUGCCGCGGGAUGAUGUACCGUGGCAUCUGAAGUACGGUGGACGAGCGGCGGGAAUCGUCGGUGGAUUCUUUGCCGUCCUGUUCGGGCUGUACAACUGCAUCGGAAUACUGCUCGGUGACGUUGGGUGCCUGGUCGGUGGCAUUCUUCAAAUAUUGGCCGGUUUUGUGGUGCUAGCGAUAGAAGCACCAUGUUGCUUCAUAUUUAUAGACUUUGUGCAACAGACGGCGGAGAAGGCAGACCAGCGACCGUACUGGAACCGGGCGGCCCUGUACUGCAUAAUUGCUAUUCCGCCGGUAAUUUUGUGCCUGGGAUUGGGAAGCCUGUUCGGAUGUGGGCUCAUAUUUGUUACCGGCAUGCUGUACGGUAUGAUGGCACUCGGCAAAAAAGCGUCGUUAGAGGACAUGCGAGCAGCGGCAACAACAUCGGCGGCAGCCAGCUCGUCCGCUGAGCAGGGCAACGGUAUGUCGUCGGUCGAUGUCGUUGGUGGCGGUGGCAGUAGCACGACGACCAAGCAGAACUCCACGCUAGUGUAUAAUGUUCAACCGAUCUCUUACAGCGCACCGCCCCCGUACGAUAGUGUAGCUUAG